AUGAACCAUGUUUCGUACCGUUGUGGUAGUCAUGAGAACCUUUAUGCUGGAUCCUCUAUAGUAAUUGAAAGCCAGUUAGACAUGGAACAAAUGACUGAAUCGAUGACAUACCUAUAA